ACGCAGCCCCCGGAUCAAGAGGCGAGGAAACGCUUUGACAAAAAAAAAAACCCAAAACCUCUGCGAUUUUAACGACCCCCGCCUUAUUUCUUGUGCCACAGCUUUUUUUGGGGCUUAUUUGUGCACUUUUCUUACAAUUUUUCCCCCCAAACGUGACAAGAAAGUGGAUAAAUGCUCCUUUUGUUUUGAGCGCUCUGAACACACACGCGCGCGCGCGCUAGCGCACACACACACGCGCGCACACACACGCACACGCGCGCGCGCACACGCUCGCCCUGCUCUCCUCGGGCCGCCUGUGUCUUGUGCGUCUUGCUCGCGUCUUGGCAUUAUCCCCCUCCGCGUAUCGCCUCGCAGUGAUGUGCCGUCACACGGUCGCAGGCUGGUAGCGUCUUUGGAGAGCCGCUCUUCUCAACAGGAACCCGCACUGGAGAAGAUAAACCAGGAUGGUGACACACUGUUCGUAACCAGCUUCAGUUCAACAACGGCCACCAUAACUCCACUCUCUUCUCCUGAACAUUGACAACCAGUCCUCAGCCAUGUCUAACCUAAACAAUUCACUUUGCAUUGAAAACGGACAGAACGCAGACGUGUCUCUCCUACAAAAGGAUACUCUUCAGGAUGGUGGAUUAAGCCAGCUUUUGGAUUAUAACGCGGAAAUGGAAAGGUACAGGUCUUUUGCAAACUUUUAUAAAACCAAUGGGGCAUUUCCACAGAAGAUUGCCCGCAUCACAACGCCCAUUUUUCCCAGUGCUAGAAUUGGCAUGUCCCCUUGGAACUGCGAUAACGCCAUGCUCUGGGGAAGGAAAUCAGCGGCAAUAAACCCUAAUAGGACCAGCAUGCAUAGAAAUGACUCCCAGAGGCCGGGGAAGCCUGGCGUGCCGCCAGAGACGCUGCAAAUGGCAAAUAAUAAUUUCCUCUCUACCUUAUCCCCCGAACACUGCAGACCUUUAGCAGGAGAAUGCAUGAACAAGCUGAAAUGCGGCGCUGCUGAAGCAGAGAUAAUGAAUCUCCCAGAACGCGUUGGAACUUUUUCCGCUAUUCCGGCUUUAGGGGGCAUCUCAUUACCUCCCGGGGUCAUCGUCAUGACAGCCCUUCACUCCCCCGCAGCCUCAGCAGCCGUUACAGACAGUGCGUUUCAAAUUGCCAAUCUGGCAGACUGCCCACAGAAUAAUUCCUCGGCAUCCAGUGGAAACCCAGCGAAGAAGAAAAGGAAAAGGUGUGGGGUCUGUGCACCCUGCAGGCGUCUAAUCAACUGUGGUGUCUGCAGCAGUUGUCGGAACCGCAAAACGGGCCACCAGAUCUGCAAAUUUAGGAAAUGCGAGGAGCUGAAAAAGAAGCCAGGCUCAUCGCUGGAGAGGACGCCGGUCAACAGCGGUGAAGCUUUUCGGUGGUUCUUUUAGAGAGGCGAGCCACAGCCGCCCCAUCCAGCGACAAGAGGGCACGUGGGACUCUUGACUCUCCGCCAGGAGCACUCGAUAGGUUCACAGAACCCAACAUGCUCCACACAUUUGGAGAGGACGAGAGAAGAAAAGGGGGACAGACAAAAAGAUAAACGAAAAACAUAAUGGUGUUGUUUUAACUCUGUAAUUUCCUUUUCUGUGUAAUUAUUGUACCUUUUGACAGUAUCAUAAUGUAUAUUUUUGGUGUCUAUGAAUGUGUUUUCAGUGUCGUGGCUGUAGUUUUACAGCCAAUCCUAUGUAAAGGACCCAAACAGACAAUCAUACAAUCAUCCUGAAUCCGUCAAACAGAAGAGGCCACAAGGAUUGAUGAUCUGACAAAACACAACACACUUUACUCUGGAGCAAUAAUCUAUUCUGUUGAUUAUUCCUCAACCAUCAUUUCUGUUGACUCUUAAAUUAUUAUAUAUUUUUUAAUGAAACUAAAAUCCUCCUCUGGUUUUCUUUAUUAUUUCCUCUGAGAACCAUGUACUGAAACGCCCGUGGCAUGUGAUGUGUCUCGUCGAGAGCGGCGGCGUGAAGAGCGGCAGCGGUGCGUCUGUGAUGGGCUUGUUGACUCGUUUCCUCGUGACUGGUCUGAGUGGACUCACCGCAGAACAGGGCACAUUGUCUUGUGCGGUGAGUCGCACUUCUUUAAGAUCGAACAAUUGUGACAGCACCUGGAGGUCGUGUUUUCAAAGAGGGUCUGAGUACAUGUUUGUUUUUUAACAAAUCUACUUUAGUCAUGAAAUCGUUUUUGUUCUUUUCUUCUUCCAGUUUGGAUCACUAAAGGUUGUUAACUGUCUAAAAGGUAGGGAGUAAUGCCAGUAAAGGAAUUGUAGGUUAUUUUGAAAUCAUUGAAAUUUAGAAUUAAUUACAGAAUACUAUACAUAUUUGACAUGUCAGAUGUUGUUCUGGAGCUACGGGAUACUGUAGACAUUACUCCUGCAGAGCAGUCGACUGUCCUUUCUCCUACAAAGUAAUGUUAAAACAUUCCAAAAACUAAAAUGAUUCAAUAAGUUACUCAUUGUCUUAAACCCUAUUGUUGCAUGUGUAAAUGUGUUUUGGUUUUAAAGAUUACUAAGAAUUUGUAUAUUGUUGUUGUGAUGCUUUUAUGUGUUAAAAUUAAAAAAAAAAUGACUUCAGUAAAAGA